AUGUCUGUGUGUGUCCUGAUGAUCCUUGUGCUGCAUGUAUUUCUUCCAGCACAAGCACAGACAAGUUUCCGCUUCAACAGAUUCAAUGCAUCCACCCUUUAUCAGGUCGAAUAUUCUUCAAUCCGCUCCGGUGCCAUCUGCCUCACAAAUCAAUCACAACGCGUGUCUGGCCGAGUUUUAUAUCCUCAGCCUGUGCGGAUGAAGGAUCCCAGUUCCACAAAUACAAGCUCAUCCUUCAGCACCACCUUCGUAUUCGCCAUGGUUCCUUAUUCUUCCGAUCCUUCACUCAGCGGGCAUGGAAUGGCCUUUCUCAUAACGCCCAGCAAGUCACAUGUGCAAAAUUCAUCAAUUCAGUACCUCGGUUUGUUAAAUAAUUCAAACAUCGGGAAUUCUGACAAUCAUCUCUUUGCCAUCGAGCUCGACACAGUCGAAAGCAGCGAUGUCCAGGACAUUAACGACAAUCAUGUCGGUGUGGAUCUUAAUGACCUCAAGUCUGAAAAAUCUGAGAAUGCGGGGUACUGGACUGGCAACCAAUUUCAUGAACAAGAUCUUAACAGUGGACAAAAUAUUCAGGCUUGGAUCGAUUACGAUCAUACCCAACAGCAAUUGAAUGUUACAAUAGUAGAAGCUGGUUUACCUCGACCCCAAAAGCCUCUUAUAUCUCUCAAAAAUAUGACCCUGUCUGACAUUUUCGAAGAAGAAAUGUACAUUGGUUUCUCUGCAUCAACUGGAGCCAUCGCUGAAGAUCACUGUGUCCUGGCUUGGAGCUUCAGCACAAAUGGAUCCGCGCCUGAGCUGGAUGUAUCUCACCUUCCUUCCCUUAUUAGGCGCAAGAAAUCCAACUCGAGACUGAUAGCUGUUAUUAGUACAACUCUGGUACUCGUGUUGCUUUUGUUUGCAGCAGCGGCUUUUCUAUGGAAGAGAAACAGGGACAGAGAUGCUAGAGAAGAAUGGGAAAUGGAGUAUUGGCCUCACCGUUUUGACUACAAAGAGUUACAUAUUGCAACCAAGGGCUUCCGAGACGAUCAAGUUCUGGGCUCUGGAGGCUUCGGACAGGUGUACAAAGGAGUGCUCCCUAGUAAUGGCCAGGAUGUUGCUGUAAAAUCCAUCUUUAGAGAAAGCACUGAAGGCCUCAAGGAAUUCAUAGCAGAGAUUUCAAGUCUCGGGCGUUUACAGCACCGGAAUCUCUUACAAGUCAGAGGCUACUGUAGGAGAGGAUCACAGUUAUUCAUAGUGUACGACUACAUGCCAAAUGGAAGCCUGGACAAGAUGAUAUUUCACAAGACGAAGAGCUUGCUUGCAUGGGCUCAGAGGUAUAGAAUUCUGAGGGACGUGGGGGCAGGAUUGCUGUAUCUUCACGAAGAGUGGGAGAAAAGGGUAGUGCACAGAGACAUCAAAUCUAGCAAUGUUUUGCUGGAUUCUGAGCUCAUUGCAAAGCUGGGAGACUUCGGGCUUGCUCGUCUGUACGAACAUACAGGAGACCCACAAACUACUGGAGUUAUGGGUACGCCUGGUUACAUCGCCCCGGAGGUCGUACACACAGGAAAGGCCGCUCCCAGCGCAGAUGUGUUCAGCUUUGGUAUUGUAAUGUUGGAGGUUGCCUGCGGGAGGAAGCCUGUGGAUUCAUCUCUCGAUGCUUCCCAGAUCGUCAUGUUGGACUGGGUGAGAGAGCUCCAUUCUAAAGGCCGGCUCAUGGAUGCAGCAGAUGCCAAUCUUGGUGGCGAAUAUGUUGAAGAUGAGAUGGAGAAGGUGCUCAAAUUGGGACUGGUGUGUUGCAAUCCUCAGCCGGAGGCGAGACCUACCACCAGACAGGUAUUGCAGAUAAUUGAAGGGGAGGCGUUUCUUCCUACUUUACAUCCAUAUGAGACGAGUGAAGGGAGCAGUUCAUAUCGAAGUAUAGGAAUUUCUUUUGCCUCGACUUCCAAUUCUAGAGAAGGACGAUCAUUUAGUAGUAAAAAAUCUGGAAAAUCUCAAUAA